AUGCUUCAAUUGCAUGAGUUAGAAGAAAUACGCAAUGAAGCAUAUGAGAGUUCGAAAAUCUACAAGGAGAAAACCAAAGCUUUUCAUGACAAACAUAUUCUUCGGAAGAGCUUUGUGGAAGGUCAGAAAGUUCUCAUGUAUCACUCUCGCCUUAAACUCUUUCCUGGGAAGUUGAAGUCUCGCUGGUUAGGUCUGUUCAUUGUUACCAAGGUUUUUCCUCAUGGAGCGGUCGAAGUUGUGAGUCCAAGUACCGGAAAGUCAUUCAAGGUGAAUGGCCAGAGACUGAAGCCCUACUAUGAGUCAAUGGCGGAGGAUGAGCAAGUUCAUGUGAUGUACCUUGAAGACCCAGUUUAUGUCGAUGAAGAUUGA